CCGACUCUGCUCACAUUUUUAAUCGACAAAUCUCUGCUUGAUCUAAAUUUCGUUAUUAUUAAAAUAAAAUAAAAUGUCGAGCAGUUGGAGAAGAACAUUGGGCAACGCAAGGUCCUUCGUAAACAAUUCAUUAGGAGGUUUAAGAGGCGGAACCAACCUUGCUUCUUGGGUUGUCGCCGGAACCCUAGCUUACUUUCUCUGGAUCAAACCCUCCCAAGACCUCAAACGCGAACAACAGGAAAAAUCUGCUCUUUCUGUUACCUCUGAUAGUUAUCGCUAUGUUGAGACUCGGAAACCCGUUCCUGAUCCUCAAGUUACCGGUUUGAUAUAUGGAAACAAGAACAAAGAUGAAUCAAUUAGUGCAGAUGAUUGAUUAGCUUAGCUUGAUUCGAAAUGCAAAAAAAGAUUUAAUAGUGAGGCUUAUAUUAUUUUUGGAUACAGGGUUAGUUUCAACUUGUUGUCACUCUCCCUUAGUUCAAUUCUAAUAAAGGUUACCAAUUGUUGUAUAAAUGUUUCUGACAACCUACUGUAUUAAGGAUAUAGUAAAUUAAGUUGUCUUUUUUACAUAGCAUCAGUGCUCUACCAAUAAUAUAUCCAUCACAUUGUUUUCCCUUCCCGAAUUAUAGUGUGUAAUUUCUUGAGUUUUGAGAAUGAAUGUUGGAAACAAGCCAUCCAAGUAAAACAUGUUAUUAAUAAGUCCCGCCUUAGUAUAUUA